AUGGCCAUUUGGUUAUUUCGGCGACGCAGUAAGAGGCGGCGCUCCCAUGACAAAACACAGACAAACAAUGCGCCUCCAUUCUCGAGACGACAGACUGUCCCGGUGGCCACGGGGGAAAGCGCCUCAUCACCGCCAAUUGAUGCGCAAGGGAAUGUUGGCGGUCUAACCAGCAUACCCCAACAGGGACGGAUAUCUCCGUCAGCCUACAGCUUUGAGUCUGGCCACCAGGACGAGAUUCAUGUUGGGCGCAAGAAAAGCAGGCGGAAGUCAAAAAGAGCGUCAGCCCCACAGCCUGGCCGCUCUAUCCCUGAAGGAAACCCCGCCAGUAACUGGCGUGUUAAUGCCCCCCGCCCAACAAUAACAGGAACGCACGGUGAGAAAAACGAACAUGAAGGGGCCCUUAUGGAAGGCGACAACUCAUUCUUUGGCCUUAUUCCAACGUUACACCCACCAAAGCGUGAUAGCGGCCACCUGAUGUCGCGGAAACUCAGCAAACGAAGAAAGAACUCCCACGAUCGCGAAAGGGAAGCCGAGCUCAAGGCUGGACGGGAUUUUACCCCGUUGCGCCCAGCCACCGACGCCUGGUCCUCGGGCCGCCCGAUCGGAAAGGACACUCGGAGGAUCAAGUCUGGUAUUACGAGAGGGGCCCCGUGGGAGCGGGAGCAUUACAGCUCGGACGUUUCACUACCUAGAGCAAGCUCUAUACAUUCGAGUCUCUCAUCAGAUUCAGAGCAGGUAUCCUACCGCAUCUCAGCGCUCGCCUCGCUCGCCCCGAAACCGACCCUUCGAUAUUCCGGCAACCCACGAUGGGGUCAUCAUCAUCACCAUCAUCCUGCCGGCUCGGCUCCCGCCGGGACGGCGCCUCAACGCAGAGCCUUCAGUGCACAGAUUCCGGAGGCGACACUGAAGGCGCAUAAGCGCGUUGAUGAUCUGGCGGAUGAUUUGAAUGCGAGUGAUCUGCGAGAACUCAUGGAACGCGACAAACGGAGGAGGCAACGAAAACAAGAACGUGAACAAGAGAAACUCGAAAAGAGACUGGCUCGGAGGGCGGAAAGAGAGAGGCAAGCGAUGGAAGCUGGUGUCCCAUUACCAAAUCUUGAACGUGGCGUGCUGGGACGUGAGGCUUCGGUAGCAGGUUCAGACCAGACAUCGGCGGUUUUAACGUCAUCUCGACGGCGGCAACAUGAAGUCCUACCGUCGGAAAGCAAGGGCAAACGUGUUGCGGGUCGCGACGAAGAUGAUGCGGACGUGACGGAUGAGCGGCUCAUGCCAGCACACGCGUUCCAUCGUGUAGACAGUAUCCCUGCAGAGCCAACAUCUCCAGCAAAGGUCCCUGAGAUGCCACCUCCACCGACCUCGCGGGACACCAGUCCAAAGUCAAAGGGAUUCGUGCGGUCCAAGAAGAGCCAAUCCAAAUCAUCGCUCUCAGAGCAGAAUCAGUCGCAACACUCUAGUACUACUCUAAAGGCCUCAGAAAGCUCGUUCAAAGGCCCAAUGUCCUGGAUAUCAAUCUUCAAAUGGGGGCGUAAACGCAACCCUGGGCCAUCCUCCUUCUCCAACACUUCAAGGGAUUCGAUGUCGACAUCGCAUCCGCCGUCCGCAACUACAGCAACAAAUGUUACCUUUAUACCCCCUGCAGCUUCGGGGCUGGCGUCCACCGUUCCAAAGCGCACCAGAUCUCGCUUUCGGGAAGACCUCCCCGAGCUACCCCGUUCGCCGCGCGACUCGACGAUACAACCGCUACCAGAUAGACCUUUGCCACCGACUGUCAAGGAACUACCUGAUGCGAUGCCCAUACCAUCUGCGCCCAUCGACAUUCCUAAACCUAAACCAAGACAUGACACACCAACCUCGAUGCUGGUUGAUGGCACAUCACCCGAGCCACAUCAGUCCAUGUCUCUUGCUUCCAUUGAUUCAGAAGCCUCUUGGCUAUCAGGAGGCCGCAUGAGGCUUAACCGGAUGUCUUCACAGAAACAGCGUGCCCACCGUUCUGUGGAGUAUGAUAUUCCAGACUCUGAGAACAACGAGGAUGACUCGGUGGGGAUAGCCGAUGACGAGUACCUUAAUCGUGUUGCUCGUCGUGUUUCCGCAGCAGAUUCUUCAGGUUGGGCUCGCAGGGGUUCCACUGGUGAUGCUGUCCCUUCUAGCGACGACGAGGAUGACGGCGCAAGAUGGGGCGCGGUCAGCGGAAGACAGCCCAGUCUCACAAAGCCUCGUUCUGUUGAUCGCAUCAAAAGCCGUGAGGGGCUGUUGAACACGGUUGCCAGCGUCAAUGAGGAGGAUGAUAACGAUAAGGAGGAAUAUUCCCCUGUGAGCCCAUCCAGCAUCGUUGCCGAUAUCCACCGUGCCACCAGUGUCAACCUCGGCAUGGGACAUGCCCGGAGAAUCAGCGCCGGAAGUGCCAUACUCCUGGAGUUGUCCCCUCGGGCUUCGAUGGAUGCUAAAAGAGCUAGCCUCAGCCCGCAGUGGCCCGAAUCUACUCCAAAACAAGACUAG